AUGCUGCCCACUUGCCCUGAUGCUGAUCUCGAUCGAUUGGCGGCUACCAUUGCUUCUUCGACAACAACAGCACCUUCCAAACAAGAUCAAUAUGGGAUAAUACUGACGAUCAAGAACAUGAAGCGUUACCUUGCAACGGACGCCAGGAAGCUAAUUCGGUGGGCAUACAAUGUGUUGCAACAACGAACACCAACCAAAGACCAGCCUAGCAACAGCGUGUUGGCAGUGCGUAUGGUACGAGAUCCUAUCAAUGCCGCCCUUGUCGAGUUUCUAAUCCAGAGCAUAAGCUUUUGUGAAGCAAUCGAUGAUAGUGUCAUGGAUACCUUGUUUAAUCUGGCCAAAGACUCGGCAGGAACAUCGGCAACAUCCUUAUGGCUAGUAUGCUACGUGAGCGAGAAACUUCACACCUGCACACUGCAACACAUCCACAAAUACCUGAUCGUGCAAUUUGCCAAAGUCGGCAAUCCUCACAUUUCUGCAUCAAAUACCAUGGAUACAGCACAAACUCAAUUGACAACAUUUGCAGCGACGUUCUUUUCACAUAUGCUUGGAUCGCAUGCUGAAGCUGUACAACAAUCGCUGUUAGAUACAUUCGAGGCGUAUAUUACGUGGACAAAUGGCAUGGAUGAUUCGACGUUCUCUGGAUCAGAUAUGGAUGUGGAUCAAAUCGAUACGAGAGCUUACACUUUGGGCUAUAUGCUUGGACUGCCAAAGGUAUCAGCCGAUCUCACAAAUGCUUGUUGGGGAGCCAUUACGCGAAAGCUACUCAAUGAUGAUGUGUUGGGGAACAUCUUUGUGUAUGAGCGAGAGGAAAGCAAGUCAUUGGUACGAACGAUUGAAGGUGAUGUGCAGACCGUCUCAAAGAUAUUCCCAGGAUGGCUUUAUGGUGUUGCAUUUGAUCGAAAUGGGGUGGUCAUGAAGCACGCAUUGGACAUUGCUAUUAUUUUGGAUACCAUGGCACACAAUCCUCGUCUAGGCUUGGAACAUUUGAUGCCGUCUGGUCAAGCUUCGGUGAUCGAUUCUUUACGCCCUACCUUUGAACAGCUGAAUUUGGAGCCUGCAUCGAUUGAUAUCGUGGAUUGGGUUGUAUCGAUCCUCAACUCGGAAUCAGCACAACGACAAAAAGACGGCUUGAAAAUCCCAUUGUUUUUGCUUCAGCUGAUUAUACUCAAGAACAAUGAGCCAUCGAUCGCUAUUGAUACCCUUGUUCAACUUAUCACAAGCAUCGUGAGAACGCCUGAUGAUGAUGAUUCGGUCUCCAAUGGUUACGGCCGCUACAUCAUUUUGACCUUGGUGGAAGCAGCAACUGAAAAGUGGCCGGACAUUUUCCAAUCAACACUUGGCAGCAUUUUUUCAAAAGCCAUUGCCACUCAUAUUGCCAACAGCGCUGGUGCAGUGAAUGUCCAAAAGAUCCUUGCCAAUAUCACUUUGCUAUUUGAAGAUGGUGGCUCCCAAGAUGAGGAGAAAUCGAAUACGCGACCUGGAUUUAGUGCAUUUCAGCUUUAUAUUAUGCAGCAUUGGCGACAAGUCCUACUGCUCUUUGUGAAUCACCCCUCCAUGGAAUGCCGGGCUCUUGGAUACCGCAUGCUUACCGUUUCCAAGCUAUGGGAAUAUGACAUGGUGGAAGGAGCAUCUGACUAUAUCGAUCCAAAUGUUUUGGCAAGACUUCUCGCCGAUGCAUGGUUCAGACACAUGAAAAACCGUUAUCUCUAUUUUGAAAAGGAGACCGAGGCAUGCGUAUUGGAUGAAUUUGAAAAUUUGAUUGUCCACUGCUGUCAGAACACAAAGCUCGCAAAGGCGAUUCAUACGUCGUUUCUGGAUGCCAUUUUGGGAGGUGCAUUGGAGAUUUUUCCACCCGUUGAUUUGAAAGCAUUGCAAGAGGAAAAGAAGAAUUUGCUGGAAAAGAUGGAGGCAGCAGAUUUCAAUCCUAGCAACGACACGCAAAACGUUGUUAGUUCAUUGAGCGUAGUUCAAGGUCCCACACCAUCCAAUCAAUCAAGACCACCACAAUUCCUUGUUACGCCAAAGUUUCUAAAGAAUGAGCUCGAGAUCCAAGACCUAACUUAUAUUGACAAUGUGGAGCGAACGGCACGGUUGUUCUAUGGAUUCAAGGAUACCAAUUCCUCAGAAGAGCAAGUACGAUCGAUCAUCCUUCAUGUCCUUUCACACAUGUCAUCCAAAUGGCCCUCGUCAACUGCGACUUGGCAAGCGUAUGAUGAUGCUUUACCUCGCAAUAUCCCGAGUCCCAGAGACAUCGCAAUUGGGAAUGCUUUCAAGGAUUAUCCAGUAUUAUUUUUGAUCUUGGACAAGUGCUCAAGGGUGGUUCAAUAUCCAGUGGAUGAUACGUUACGGAGCAUUUUGGUCUAUUUCAUUGCGUUUUGGCACAUGUCUCAAGUGGCACAAGCACCCACGGCAUUGAAGUUUGCAACACAACUCGAAGAAACCAUCCGACUGAUCAUGUUACUCAAAGAGGUUCUGCCCAAGUCAUUGAUGGACAUAUACCAUAUUCUCCCAUUCAUGUCGGCACAAGACGUUGGGAGUGUUCUUUAUCAAGUGGUUUGGCCCUAUGUGAGAUUAGAACAUCCACCAUCGGAAAUUCCAGGGUUAGCAGCAGCGACAACAACAACACAAGGAGAGAAUGCAAAACCACCAAAGCAGGAGAUGGAAACCAAAUGUUUAGACAACAUGGUAUCAUUAUAUAAGAAUCGUUUGACAGUAUUACAAUCUGCACCUUCAUGGCAACAAGCUCUAGAAAAAGAAGCUAUGCGGAUAGCUGGCAUUCUUUUUCUCUUCACACUCCAUACAAUGUUUGGUGUUAUUCGAGCGAUACCACGAGGCGCUAGCCGUCUUCCACUUACUGCCAAGAAGGGUCACAACUACUACAAGGGUACUGGCACUGGUGCCAUGGGUCGACACACCAAGCGAGGUGGUUACAAGGUCGAUUGGAAUCGAGUACGCACCUACGUUGUUCCUGAUCUUGAAGGAUUCACUCUUGGCCCCUAUGUUUCCCGAAAGACCACUCCACCAAAGAAUCCUCAAUAA